AUGAAGAGGCUAGUGGGCACUGUGCUGGGGCUUUUGUUUGCCCAGGUUUGCUGUGUGAGAGGGUUGGACGUGGCGCAGAGUCCCCCAGCCCUGACUCCACAGGAGGGAGCCAGCUCUACGCUGUGGUGUAAUUUCUCCACCUUCGCAGAGAGUGUGCAGUGGUACCUUCAGAGCCCUGGGGGCCACCUCAUCCACCUAAUUUACAUUCCUUCAGGGACAAAGCAGGAAGGAAGAUUAAAGGCCACCACAGUCCCUGCAGAACGCCGCAGCUCACUGCACAUUUCCUCUCCGCGGACCACAGACGCGGGCACUUCUGUGCUGCGCAGCACCGUGCUCCCCAGGCACCUGCAGCCUCUACACGAACCCUCCAGGGGCUCAGCGCCUCCUCCAGCCUCAGUCACACCAUGGGCCCCACGGGGCGUUUGCAGUGCUUCUUACUGGCCUUCCAGAUUUGA